UGUCUAAUGUGUGUGUGGAUUAUGUUGGUUCAAAAACAAUGUUUCUGACUGGAUUUCGGCUCAAGAUCAACGCUCUAACUAUCAGGAUUUUUUUAAUGGAAAAUUACUUGGGUUUCAAAAUGAAGAGGCAAGCGACGCUUUUUAUGUGUGUCCUCUCCUUCGGCUUUGUGCUCGGGCAGGUAUCCUACACUAUUCCGGAGGAAAUGCCAAAAGGCUCCUUAAUCGGAAACAUAGCACAUGAUUUAGGAUUACAAAUCAAACGUCUAAAAGAAGGUAAAGCACGAAUUUUUACUCGAGAUAGCGAUGAAUACAUCGAGCUCGACAAAGAAAGAGGGGUCCUUCUUGUUAAAGAAAGGAUUGAUAGAGAGGUGCUAUGCAAACAGACGACGCCAUGCGCUCUGCAUUUUCAAAUUAUUUUGGAAAACCCCAUGGAAUUUUACAGUAUCACAGUACAGAUUACAGAUAUUAACGAUAAUUCGCCAACAUUUGAGAAGAAUAAAAUUGAUUUUAAGAUAAGCGAGUCAGCUGUUAUUGGAGCCAAAUUUGCUCUGGAAAGAGCAGCGGAUCUUGAUGUCGGCAUUAAUGACCUAAAAAGCUACGCGUUAAAACCAACAGAGAAUUUUGUCCUAAAACUUAACAAUAACCCUGAUGGCAAUAAAAAUGUAGAGAUGGUAUUACAGAAGCCUUUAGACAGAGAAAAACAGCAGCAGAUUAAUUUGGUGUUAACCGCUACAGACGGAGGAGUGCCGCAGAUGUCAGGAACGAUGCUGAUUGUUAUAACAGUUCUGGAUGUUAAUGAUAAUUCUCCUGUUUUCACACAACAAAUAUACAAAGCUACAGUUACGGAAAACUCACCAAUUGCAACAGUUGUUGCAACUGUUAAAGCCACAGAUGCAGAUGAAGGUACUAACAGUAAAAUUACAUAUUCAAUUAGAAACACGUUGGAUGACGUUAGAAAAACAUUUGAAAUAAACCAGGAAAACGGUCAAGUUACCCUUAUUGGAAAUAUGGAUUUUGAAGAGUCUAGAAGUUAUGAAAUCCAUUUACUUGCUAUGGAUGAAGGAGGACUUACAGAUUCAUGCAAAUUAAUUGUAGAAGUGCAAGACACAAAUGAUAAUAUUCCAGAAAUACAAAUAAUGUCGAAAUCCACUGUUAUUUCAGAGGACGCAAUUAUAAACACAGUCGUUACAAUGAUAAGCAUCGCGGACAAAGAUUCUGAAAAAAAUGGAAAUGUAAAGUGCUACAUUGAUGAGAAUAUGCCUUUCAUUUUAAAAUCAUCAGCAAGUAAUUUCUAUAGUUUAGUGACAGACAGUGAAUUAGACAGGGAAAGCAAUUCGGUGUAUAAUAUCACAGUGACCUGCUGCGAUGAAGGUGUCCCCUCGCUCUCCAGCAGCGUCACGCUUACAUUACAGAUUUCUGAUGUGAAUGACAAUAUACCUGUCUUUGAAAAGAACUCAUAUGAGACCUACGUUGUAGAAAAUAACACACCGGGUCUCUCUAUAUUCACAAUAAAAGCCACGGAUGCUGACUGGAACCAGAAUGCCCGCGUUUCUUACAUUCUGGAGGACUCCUCUGUUAAUGGAGUUCCAGUCUCCUCAUACGUGUCAGUCAGUGCUGACAGUGGAGUCAUCCAUGCAGUGCGCUCUUUUGAUUACGAACAGAUCAAAGAUUUUCAGUUCCGUGUUAAAGCGCAGGAUGGAGGCUCUCCUCCGCUUAGUACUAAUGUUACUGUAAAACUCCUGAUCCAGGACCAGAACGAUAAUCCUCCUCAG